AUGAGCAGCUUGGGUUGAGUUAGGCAGGUCAUUCCACCAGCUUGGAACAGUCAAGUUAAAGGUCCAUGCUAGUGAUAUUGUGUCUUUUUGGGAUGGCACCAAAAGGUUCACUUGCAGAACGCAAGCCUCUGGAUGGCAAGAAGAUCUACUAGAGGGAUUUGACUGAAUCAAGAUGCUGCUGAUCAUUGAAGCUCUUCUUCUCAUUUUAGCUGCUCUAGGACAGGAUAGCAGCGCUACUGCAGGACAGAUAUUUCCAUUGGAUAUGGCACCGGAUUCAGUUGAUGAUCAAUAUGCCGGUUGUAGAGAUAAAAUGGCGAAUCUGGUGAAGACAAAACUUCUAAAUAAUGAACUCAAAAAUUCACCUGGUUUUAAAACGGCUUGGGGAAAAGGGGUAGAGUUUCCCAAGAGCAAAAAUAAUAAUUUGACAAAGAAUCAUGAAAUUGCCAUUUUUGUGUACAGUGAUAGUCUUGUAUACGAGCACUUCAAUCGUGACACUCGUCGUGAUAAAAACCAGUACAAACACGGCAACUACAAAUGGUAUUCACUUUACUUUCUAUUGACAGAAGCGAUACGGAUUCUGACGAAAACACAAAAUCAAUGCAUGUUAACAUAUCGUCGUACAAAUGUUGAAUUUACCAAGAAUGUUCUGAACAAAGAGGUUCGAUUCGGCUCAUUUGCUUCCUCCUCUUUGAGUCGUGACAUAACACGUUUUGGAAAUGUAUCUUGUUUUGAAAUCAACACUUGUGAAGGUGCUGAUCUGACAAAAUAUUCUAAGCUUCCUCGUGAGAAAGAGGUGCUGAUUCCUCCAUAUGAGAAGUUUAAAGUCACUGCUGUCAAGACAAGAAGAGAUCAGCAAGAUCUCUGGUGUGAGACUGUGUUCACUUUGAAAAGCACCGGCACAAGAAGUGACCUGAACUGUGCUCUAUUCAAGAAGCCAUCCAAGACCAAAACAAAGUCUUAUGUGCUGAACAACGUGCUUUGAAUGUACAUGACAUGAUUAUGUACAUCAUCUACAACAUUUGUUUUAGUUCAAUGAUUAUUGGUCUGAAAACAAAAUUUGUUUAAUUUCAACAAAAUGAAAUAAAGUUAUU